AUGCCAAACAAGCUGUCUCGGAGAGUACCAGAACUGACAUCGCAGUCGGCCCUCAUCCCUUCGGGUGUUUCGUCGGGCUGCCAGUCCUUCCUCAAGGAGCUCGACAACGACUCGUCCAUCCAGGGAUGUGUCAACAAGCUCGUCUCGGCCACCAACUCGUUCUCGCCCAUCUCGGGCAAGAAGGCCUCUGCCUCGGACGUCCAGUCCACGCUCGGCAACGUCUGCAACGCUAACAACGAGUGCGACGAGGCUUCCGUCCGUGGUCUUCUCGGCAAGUUCUACGACGCCUGCUCGUCUGACCUUGACUCGAACAAGGAUGUCGCUGCCCUUUACGACACCCUCUACGUUAUGACCCCCCUUCGCCAGGCUGUCUGCACCAAGGACUCGGCCACCGGUGCUUACUGCGUCUCCAAGGUCGGCUCGAGCGGAAACUCUAAGAACAGCAUCUCCUCGAUCGCCGCCUCGGCCCUUGACCUUGCCUCCAACUACGGCUACUCGCUCUUCGGCGGCAAGUCCAAGCGCGCUGCUGAGACCACCAUCUCGUCCAUUGUCACCCCCAACGCUACGACCUACUCCGAGACCAACCUGCCUUUCCUGUUCCUGCAGCCUAACAUGGACAAGGAGCAGCUGUGCACCCCCUGCAGCCGUAGCAUCUUCGUUACCUACUUCAAGUGGAUCGGACAGACUCAGUACCCCUCGACCAUCCUCGGUGGCCGUGAGGACCUCUGGAACGCCGUCACCUCGAAGUGCGACCAGACCUUUGUCGACUCGAUCUCCAAGGAGGCCAACGUUCACGCUGCCUCCGGUGCCGUUGAGCGUGCUGGCCUCUCCGCCGCCGCCGUCGUCGCCGCCGGCUUCGCCGCCUACAUCAUCGCCUAA